AAUCAAGAAUCAAGAAAAGCUGUGAGUUACAAGCAAAAAUCUAAAUAAAAAUACAAGAAAUAAGAAACAAAACAAAACAAACACACACAAACAGAAGAAGCUGCGAAAUAACCAAAAUCUAAGAAAUAUUGAAAAGAAGAAGAAGCAGUUACUGACAACCACAAAGCAGGGCAACGCAACGAACAGCGAACAUAAAAGCUUUAAUUCGUGUGUUAAUCAAUUGACUUUCAAGGCGCCAGAGCAAAAGCAUUUCCAUAUUCAUAAAAUCUCAACUGAAAUCUGGCAACUGGAAACUGGGCUGUAAUUUUUUUUUGACUUUGCUGCAGAUGAUGUGCUUUGGCAGCUUGGCUUGAGUAGCGUCACUACGCUGUACAAUCGAAACUGAUAAUAUCGAUAUCGAUAACGAUAACUUUGCGCCAGCCAAGAGAAGCAGCAGCAGCAGCAGCAACAUGUAUCCGGGCAGCGCCGCCAGCAGCACUGCAUCCAAAUUUCAGAAUCGUUGCGCCUCGCCACAAUUUGCCAGCUUUGCGCCACCACCGCCGGCAGAUUAUCCGGCGCAGCCGCAACAUGGACAACAACAGCUGGCUGGACAGACCACAGCGGUGGCCGUGCACAGUGCACCCGGCGGCGGCGGAGGACACGGUUCGAUGCGGCACAUUCAACGCAAUCAGCUCACCAGGAGUGGUCACAGCACCCAUGGCCAUGGCCUCGGACAUGGACAUGGACAUGGACACGGCGCACACAGUGGUCACGUUGGUCAUGGCGGUCAUGAGCACGGUCAUGGCCUGGGCAUGGGCAUGAGCAUGGGCAUGGGCGGUAUGGGGCAUGCCGGCGCCGCUGCAACGCUCGGCCAUCAUCAUUCUGGGCAUCGGGGCGAUCUAAUCUUUCCGGAUGACAUGGACAGCAUUGAGUUCUGCAUGCCAGCGCCACCAGCCACAUCCUCGCAGCAAAAUGGUGAGCUGCUGCUGCUCCAAGGCGGCGGCCACAGCGAACCCUUCACGGAGCGGCGACGACGCGGCCACAGUCGCCGCAGCAACCACAAAAUGGAUGUCGAACAGCAGGUAAAGUGGUCACGCAAGAAUAUUGCUGCCACAAUGGAGCGCUUUGAGCCAACCAGCGCCGCAACCACAACCAAUACACAGUCGUCGUCGUCGACUUCAUCGCUGGAUUAUGGAUUCGCUGCUGGCGUUAUGACGCCCAGCAGCAGCAGUGCCACACCCUCGCAUGGGGCCGGAUCCGCAUCCGCUUCCGCUGGCAUGUCCUCAACAGCCUCGCUGCAUGUGGCCUACAAUGGUGGUGCUGGUGCAGGUGCUGGCGCAGGUGGAUCGGGUGGUGGUGGCGCUGCUGCAGCUGCAGCUGCUGCUGCUGCUGCUGCUGCACCCUUUAAUCAUGUCUACUCCUAUGCAUACUAUGAGCCCGGUGCAGCCAAAUGCCAUACAAAUGUGCCCGCCCAGGGGCAUGGUCAGGCUCAGGGUCAGGGUCAGGGUCAGGGCAAUGGCCAUCAUCAUCAUCAUCAGCAGCAGCAGCAGCAGCAGCAGCAGCAGCAGCAACAGCAUCAGCAUCAUCAUGGCGGCCAAUCAAAGAGUCCGCCACGCAACUCGAUACGCGCCCUGUUGGCGAAGAGUUUCCGUUCAAAGUCGUCGUCGCACAGCGGCCAAUCGACAUCGUCGUCGCCGAGUGCCGAGGAGCGGGACAGACACACGUAUACGACACGGUACGGCACCACCGAGAAUCUGUAUGAGGAGGUCAGCGAUCAGAAGAUACGCAAAGUGCUCUCCGACAAUCGCAUCGCCACAUCGAGUGCGGGCAAUGUGAAGGAGGAGCUGCGUCGCGUCCAGCACAAUCAUUUCCGUGUGCUCGACGAGCUCAAUUUGUCGUUGGAGGCAUUGAUUAUGCCACCGACGCCACCGGACAUCAGUCCCAGCCAUGCCAAUCCACCGCCGCCCAGUGCCAGUUCCAAUGAUGUCCAGCACGAGGCAUCUGCCACCAGCAACAGCAGCUGCAGUGGCAGCGGCAGUGGCAGCGGCAGCGGCAGUGCCAGUGCCAGUGGCAGCGGGAGUGCUGUUGGCGCCAACUGCUCAGCGUCACAGUCGUCACAGCUGGUGCAGGGCGGCAAGGGCAAUGUGCUGACGGCCAGUGGACAGCAGCGGCCGCGUCGCGGUGGCUUAUUGGGUGGUGCUGCUGCCAGCGCCGCAUCCAACUCGAGCUCAGCCUCGCACGCCAGCCUGGAGAAUCUGUCGAGCACACUGAACAGCAUGGAGCUGAAGGAUCAUGCGCACAGCAGCUGCAUCAAUCCGGAGUUCGAUGAGGGUGAUCUUGAUAGCGGAUUCAGUGGCAGCGGCAGCAGCAGCGGCGCUAGCUACAAUGAAAGUUUGCGCUACUAUAAAACAGCCACGCCCACAAGCCACAGCCAUAGCCACAGUCAGCAGAGUCACAGUCACAGUCAGAGUCAGAGUCAGAGUCUCAGUCAUGGCCAUAAUCACAACACAAACACCUUGCCACACAAUUUGCGCAGCUGUCGAUCCUCGACAGCGUCGGGCACAUCCACAUCGAAGAGCAGCAUGGCCAGCUGUGGCGAAGAUCAGGGCAUUGCCGGCAUGGGCAUGGGCAUGGGUCUGGGCAUGCCCAUCGGCAUGAAUAUGGGCAUGGGCAUGAAUAUGGGCGCCAUUAAUAUGGGCGCCAUGAACAUGGGCAUGGCCAUGAACAUGGGCAUUGCCGAGACUGUCGCGGGCAACUCCGGUUCGAUGUCGCCAUUUAAUUAUCCACGUCGCUGCUCAGCGGAUCAGCAGCGCGCCUCGGGACGUUCGAUUGUUUCGGCAAGUGGUUCCGGAUCGGGAUUGGCAGCGGCAACGGCAACGGGAACGGGUACGGGUACGGGUACGAGUGGAGGAGUCGCUGCCACAAUGACCGCAACUGGAGCGAAACCCAAAAAGAACUUCUGGACCAUGAAACCGUGAUGCUACAAAAAAGCUUUGCGUCACAUAUGCAAGAAGUGGAGCAUCGUUAUGGAAUACAAUUCAAAGACUGCCUCAUGCCAUGCCAUCCACUACUAUCAGCCACAUCCGCAUUCGUAUCCGCAUUCACACCAGCGAUACCAGCAGCAACCAACACUGAAGCACAGCAGCAACUAUUGCAGCAGCAGCAGCAACAGCAGCAGCAGCAGUAGCAGCAGCAACUGCAGCAGCAGCACUAGCAGCAGCACAAGCAGCGGCAACUGCAACAACCACAUUUGUAGCCACAAACAGCAACAGAAGCAGCAGAAGCAACAAAAGCAACAAAAGCAACAAAAGCAGCAAAAACAACAUAAGCAGCAGCAAAAGCAAACAAGGCAACGCUACGGUCACACUGGCCGCAGUCGCCAUUAUAAGUACGAUGCCGUCGAGGAGUGUUGCCGUCCAAUCUAUAACGAGCAUUACGGUUCUCUGGCGGAGAUGUUGUGAGUGCGGAUCACAAACUGGUGGGCAUUCGACCGAAGCGCAAGGUACCUACAACAACAGACUAGCUACAAGGUGUUGUACUCCAUUGCGGAAGACGGAAACGAGACCGAUAAGGAGACAGACCUACACACGCAUACCAAGACAGAGACAGAGACGGAGACGGAGACAGACGCAGAGACAGAGACGGAGACAGAGACAGAGGCGGAUAUAGUUACGGAUAUGGAUUAAGUUUUAAUGUUUGCAUACCCAAAAUGGUAGCUUCUUCAUCUUCUCUUAAGCAUGAACUGGAAAGAAAACAUAUAUAUAUAUAAUAUGUACAUUUGAUAGAUAUCCCGUAGAUAUCGAAAUAAUAGAACAAAAAAAAAAAAAAAAACGAUUACUGAUUACUGAUUACUGAUUAACGAUAAACGAUAAACGAUUUGAGUGUUAAAUGUAUUUACGAAUAGAUGAUAUAUGUGUGUAAUAAUACGAUAUACCUAUGCAUUUACAUAUGUAUACACCUACCAUAUAGAUGUUUAUGCAAAUUGAGCAAACUUUACCAGCACAGAGCAUAAUGUUAGAUAUAUAUAUUCAAAAUAUAUGUAUUAAUCAUUGAUAUCUGGCACGAAUGGGCGCACGCUAUAAAUGUUAGGCAUACGUCUAUAUA